AUGACGCAAUCCCACAACACACGCCCCCUACCCACAACACACCGCCCCCAGCCCUGCUCUCACACCCGGGACACUCACAGCGCGCUCAUCACACACACCCCAAACAACCCUCCUACACUCCUCUCACAACAAACAACCACUCGCUCCAGCCUUGCACGCAACACACCAAACGCAAACACGCACGCACGCACCCACACCACCUCCCCGACCCUCCGGACGGACGCCCUACACCCGGCGCCCCCUCUCGGCUCACUGCCUCGCCCGGGACGCCGGCGCCAGGGCGACCCCUGCCGCUCGCACCGGGAACCCACACUCGCCGCCCAACAGCGCCCCGCACUCCCCGUCCACCCACUGCCCGACCAGGGAGCCGUCCGUCCGUCCACCCACUGCCCGACGCGCCGCCACUCGCCUCCCUUCGCUCCCCUCCCAACGCCCGCUCCUCCCCGGGGACUCAGCCACAGCCAAACCCAGGCCUCCACCUCGGGACCGUCGCCGGCCUUCUUCGCCACCGGCCCUCGGCCCGGCAAGGCCUCGACACCCACCCGCCCCCGACCCCUGACCUUAGCCCUCCACACCUUCUCCGGGGAGCACGGAGGCUCGGCGGCAACACCCCGGACCCCGAACUAUCGCUUCCCAGGACCCCCGGGCCUUCAGGACUACCACCAGACACAUAGUGGCUGCAGGGAUGCAGGGAUGCACGGAUGCAGGGCUGCGAGGACCUAUCCGGGGGUGGGCGAGUGGGUGGGUGCCCUGCACCCGGACACCCUGCUAGGGACGGCCAGGCGAGCGAGCGGGCGAGCGAGCGAGCACCCCGUGACACUCGAUGGAGCGAGGACAGGGCUCGCUCUCUCCCGCACGCCUACCCGCACGACCCUCUCCUGCCAGAUAUCUCCAGGCUUGGACUGACCACACCAUGGAAGAGUUGGGAUGACCAUUUCGGCAAGAAAAGAAAUCAGAAGUAAAAGGGAAGUCAGGAAACAAGAGAAAGAA